GACGGCCACCCGCCGUCCCGUCCCCGUCCCUCUCACGGUCCCUGCUACUAUCCUCCCAAGCGGCGCAGUGUCGAUAUGACGGUCCACGAUGACUAUGGCCCCCACUCCCUGCACAAGAGGCCGAGAUAUGCCCAUCACCCCCAGUUUGCCGACCCGGUAGCCUUCAAAGCCGUUGACGCAACACUCAGCUUCCCUCACCUCUAUCACCCUCACCCUCACCCUCACCCUCACCCUCGCUACCCACAUCACCCAUACCCCUCCCCGUGCGCUCGCGUUCUCUCCCCACAAGCGGCAGGCACUGCCGUUGCCGCCCCGGCGCUGGAGCGGACUGCCUCGGGCCACUCCAUCCGCCCGGACACCACCGAGCGGUGCGCCUCGACCGAGCUCCUGGAGGACCACGAGGCCGCCCAGCGCGUGCGCGAUCACUUGGCUGCCUUCCGCCGGCGCAACCCGGACUCCAAGCACGAGCGCAUCCUCCGGAGCAUCAUCAGCCCGCGGCCCCUCCCACCACGGAGGCGGCAGUACCCGCUCGACAACGACGCGCUCGAGUCCAUCUUCUCGGCCGCCAACGAGAUCUUCUUCAACGGCCGCCUCAGCCAGCGCGUCACCUGGGACUGGUCGCACGCCUCGAGCGCGCGCUACGACAGCCGCGUCAUCGGCACCACCGCCCUCCGCCGCGCCGCCGCCCACCAGCGCGGCUUCGAGACCCUCAUCGUCCUGUCCUCGCCCAUCCUGCGCGACCCCCGCUACAGCCGCCGCCUGCUCAUCAGCACCUUCCUGCACGAGCUGAUCCACUGCUACCUCUUCGUCUGCUGCGGCUUCCGCGCAAGGGGCUGCGGCGGCCACACGCAAGGCUUCCGCGACAUCGCCGCCCUCAUGGACGACUGGAUCGGCGACGGCGCCCGCCUGUACCUGAGGAGGGUCGAGGCCGACCUCGACCUGUUCCGAAUCGGCGGCCGAGCCCACCGUCAUGGGAGGUUCGGCGUGCCGGGCAAUGUGUAUCCUUGCUCGGGCAUGCCGGCGGAUCAGGAGGAA